CCCAUAAACGCCAGCCAAUCACCAUGAGUGUCUUGACCCUCUCACCUGUGACCCCCCAGCCGCCCUCCCCCAUGUUGACUUCUACCACCCCCACCCUGGACCCCCACACCCCCACCCUGGACCGGGAGGGCGGGUCCUGGGCUGCGACAGGCUCCGCCCACAGGUCCUCCCACAAGCCGCCGCCCCUCCACUCGGGCGCAGACUGGAAGGUGGUGCUUCACCUGCCUGACAUCCACACCUGGCUGAGAGCCACCGCCAGCAGGGUGACGCACCUGUCGCACUCUGUGGGCCAAGAUGGCGCCAACAGACACGUGGACGCACACCUGCUGCAGCUCAAGGACAUCUGCGAGGACAUCUCGGACCAUGUGGAGCAGAUCCACGCUCUGCUGGAGACCGAGUUCUCCCUCAAGCUUCUGUCCUACUCUGUCAACAUCAUAGUCGACAUCAGGACGGUCCAGCUGCUGUGGCACCAGCUGAGGGUCUCCGUUCUGGUUCUGAAGGAGAGACUCCUGCAGGGUCUGCAGGACCCAAACGGAAACUUCACCAGGCAGACGGAUAUCCUGCAGGCGUUCAGCCAAGACCAGCAUCAGCCUCGUCGUCUGGACGCCUUGACGGAGGUAGACGACUGCGGCAAGCUGACCAUCCGCUGCAGUCAGGACUACUUGUCUCUGGACUGCGGCAUCACUGCCUUUGAGCUGAGCGACUACAGCCCGGGGGAGGAGCCUGAGAUCGGAGACACGUGCUUGGAGCUAGAUCAGGUCCAGGAUGUGGACCAGAAAGCAGAUUUAGAGAAGAUUGAAGAAUCCAAACUAGCAAAACACGACCUGCAAAACUGUUUAGCUGAACUAAACGAGGCGGCAAAGCAGUCUCUUUCCUGUCAGAACCAAAACACAGAGCCGUCGAUCCCAAAGACAGUCGAUCUGGUCUCAGACCAGGUUCAGAAGACCAGAGCAGGUGCGAGAAGUGUUAGUCCAGUCACUGAGUGUAAUAAUCGGAGCACCCCAAAUCUUAUGGAUCCUCCAGACCGCUCCAAGUUCUGGUUGGAGCUGGGCUCAGUUUGUCCAGAAGACAGAUCUCAGUCCCCUGAGAACCUGCAGGUCAUGAACGGUCACAGCAUUCAGAGACGCCACAUGAGACCACAGACGGACCACAGGAGUUCCUUUGGAGGAGACAUUGUCCCACCUCCACAAGAAGUUGCAUCUGAGACAUAUGAACACAGCGAGGUUGACUCCGACUCCUCGCCCCCAUCCCCCAUGAGGGAGCAAGUCCUGUCCUCAGACUUGGAGGCAAGUGGGGAGGACUCUGACCACGGACCUUCUGGCAAGAUGGCGGACUGGAUGGUGAAGGGCAAAGAACAUAAAGGGGGUUUAUCAGAAACCAGUCCAGACCGAGAGCAUUGGUUUGGCUCAGAGGAGGACUCUGACCACGGACCUUCUGGCAAGAUGGCGGACUGGAUGGUGAAGGGCAAAGAACAUAAAGGGGGUUUAUCAGAAACCAGUCCAGACCGAGAGCACUGGUUUGGCUCAGAGGAGUUCUUGGCACUUCCAGCUCAGCUCCACAAGAGCGACAUGCUGGUCGUCAAUCUGGAGAGUCUGGCCCACACACUGAGGUCCGCCGACGAGGAAGUCACCCACGAGGCUUUGCAGGAUGUGGACGACUGGGAUCUGACGGAGCUCAGCACGGACUGGGACUCUCCUGAGAGUGCGGAUGAUGUUCCUUCUCUGUUACUCAAUCCAAACGGUUGCAGCCACCUGGGCCGCUAUAGCCCCGCCUCCUCCAGCGACAUCGCGCCUUCAUUGGACGACAGCAUCGAGUCCGGCCCGCUGAGCGAGCUGCAGUCCGAGGGGGAGGACGGCCGAAAGUCUGCCGACCGCCGCCUGCGACCUGGUGCGUCCCCCCUGGACAGACUCGGCGGUGCGUCUCUGGUGCGACGGCUGCUGGAGGACGUUCCCCAGGACCAAGACUCGGACGUGUGGAAGAAGAUCGAGACGUUUGUGCAGCAGCUGGAUCACUUCAUCUCCUGGCUGCAGGGGGCGCUGCUCAGCACCCACAACUGGACUCAGCCCCGGCAAGACCUGGACCGACUCACAGUCUACCUGGACACACACCUGACGUUCAAACUAAACGUGGACAGUCACGGCGCCCUCAAAGACCGCAUCAUGGAGGACGGCACAGCGCUGCUCGACACCAUUCCUGCCCACCAAUCGGGGCUCCGGGAGAUCCUCCACAUGGUCUCCAGCCAAUGGGAGCAGCUCCAGCUCCAGAUCCGCCGCCAACACGGCUGGAUGCUCCAGGCCGUCCGCGGCGUCCGGACCCGCCUGCUCCAACCCGACCAAUCAGGAGAGCCCCCAGGAGAGCUGACAGCCAAUCGGCAGUCGCCGUUUCCAACGGACCAACUCCAGGUAAAAUACUCCAGAGUUUUGACUUUGACCCACUUCCUGUUUGGCUUCCUUUUAUUCUUGUCUGCCCCUCCUUGGCGUCCUUGGUCCUCAUCAAGCGUCUUCAUUUCCCGCUCCUAAUGACAUGCGUGCAUAAUUAGUGCGCCGCUAACUCUUGUCCGUACACCACACCCCUGUGAAUGAAUGAAUGUGACCUUGGCUGAAGGGCAAAUUGCAUGGCAAGCAUCACACGACGAGAGCUCCUACAAUAUUUAUUAGCAGCAGAUCAUUACUGCAGAUUAAAAAGCAACUUGUAUCAAUAAUUCAUCCUCUCAUCUUCACUCUGGGCUCAGAGAAGACGUGCACCGACAUCACUCCACCUAACAGCGACACACAUGUUUAUUGUAGCGGCAACAUAUUCAAACCUUACUACAGCUUCUACGGUAGAUUCUAAAAAUAUCAAAAAAUCUUUAAAAUCGCCAAAAAUCUGGGUGAAUAAAAACAUCUAAAAAUGUAAGAAUUUGAAAAAAAAAUCAAAGACCGUAUAACGAUCUAAAAAAAAAUCAAUAUAUAAAAUCAAGCUGUAAAUCUGAUUGAAAAUAUUGAAAAAUCAAAGAAAUAAAAUUUGCAAUGAA